UCAAAGUCGAGCGCCGGUGGGUUCAGACUGCGGCCCAAACCGCUCUUCACGCCAAACACCGACGGAAACAGGAGUGCCAUCACAUAUAUGGCCAUAGAGUAUACGGCGCCCAACUUGAGCACAGUUAACGGCUGGAUAGCAGUCACCAAUUGGGACAAAGGGUUGAAUAUCAAUGGCAUCAUUCGGCCCCUAGUGUUGUACACCACCGCCAGUCCCUUGUCUUCAGCGGCAGACAUCAUGGCCUCGAUGUUGGCGCCCAUUGGCUGUCCGAUAGUGUCUUCAGCGGCGAUGACAGGCGAACUCACUUGCGAUACAAUGGCUGGUAUUGAAAGAGUGGUUAAACCAAUGAUAAUCGUGAGCUUUAAGGAUCAGUUAUUAAUGUCUGCCGUUAAUGACUGUAUGGACGCUAUGUUAACGAUAUGUGAAACAGAAAUGAGACAAUCAAUGGACAGAUUCGGCGACGAUUUGUGUCAACUAUUAUUGUCUUAUCUGUCACUCGAAGAGCGGUUCCGAUACGAAGAGGUGUCCAAACAGUGGCAGAGAAGAUCUCAUUCGGAAUCGCUUCAAAAAUAA